ACGAGCCGUUUAUCGGGUAGUGUACUCGAUGAUCGAGACCAGUCUGAUGAAGGGAUGGAGCAGCACCGAUGCUCAGUUACGCACUUACGCCUCUUAAAUGCGUUCAGAGUUGAGAAUUCCUGCUUUAUUUUCACGUUUUGAUAAUCGAUUCUUCUUGGAUGGUUUCAGGUGACUGCUUUUGACUGCUUUGAGAAUAGGAAAUAUGAGUGGGAGAUGCUUACGUAGUAGUAACCCUUCUAGCAAUGGUGAAGAACCCAUUGAAUGUAUGGCUAAUCUGUUGGUACAACAGUUCAAGCAGGGGGAUAUUAUAUGGAGUAGGAUCAAUGGCGGGUCAUGGUGGCCUUUGCAGGUGGCUGAUGAGAAAUGUGUGUCUUGUAAACCCAAAAAGAUAAAGAAUGAUGAAAUUCUGGUUCGGCUAUAUGGAAGUUUUGAGCACAUGUACGUGGAUCCUGCAAACUGUGUCUCGAAGAUUGAGAAGAUUUUUGGUCAAGAAAAGAGCAGUAACAGAGAUUUAUUUAUGAGAACUCUGGAGGAGGAUAUAACUCGCAUGAAAUCUGGUGGCCAGUCUGUGGCAACAGUUUCUGAAUCAAAAGAAACUACAGAAAUUGCAGAAAUAGAGAAAGAGAAAAAUGAAGCUUCUGGAGGAAAAGGGCAAAGAAAAGGAAAAUUAAAGAGAACCAUGAUAGCAGACAACUCUCCUCUUGUUGGUUCUUCAAAUAAUCCAAAAGCUGCAAAACAAGUUAAGGUUGUGAAGAGUGAAGGCAUGAAUGCUGUUAAAACGUCAGAAGUUGGAAUCACAAAACGGAGGACUAGGAGUGAAACAUUUAAAGCAAGAAGUGAUGGAACAAGUGAGAUUGAAGUGUCCAAUUAUACAGGGAAUUUAAAUAGCGGGGCUUCUGCAGUCAGUUCAUUUGAUAAAAAGGAUUUAAGGAGUUCAGGACAUAAAGAUACCAAGGAGAAAUUAACUUUGAAUGUCCUUGAUAAGGCAUCUGAAUCAAGAUGUGUGAAACAAGAUUGCGGGAGGAAUCUAGAUGUAAACAAGAAUGCUCAGAUUGAAUUUUCAGAUGUUAAAGACAUCAAGAAGUUAGUGGCAAAGAUUGUUAAAGAAGUAGCUGAAAAGGCUAGAUACGAUGCAUUGAAAAGUAGAGGGAUGGAAAGGUGUCCUGAAAAUACUGAAUAUAUAGACAAUUCUAGGAAGAAAACUUCUGUAAUAAAAAAAAUGAAGCGACAUGUUCCAAGAAGAGUGAAGAAUACAGAUACUGAGGUACACAUAACAGAUGGAGCUAUAGAUGAUACUCAAGACAGAACUGCUGGAUCAAGUGAUGUAGAAAAGCCAAAUGGAACAGUACUCAGCAAUGGAGACCCUCUCAACAAAAUUCGAGAUUUUGAGUGUGACAAUAAUGAGAGGACAAGAGAUACUGACAUCCAAUUACCAAAUGUGGUGGAGAGAGCAAAUAAUGAAAUUCAAGGAAUCAAUGGCGUGCACCGAACGGAGAGCUACUUCAAGGAAAUGAACGGGGAUGAGAAAUCUCCUUCAAAUUUUGCAAAACAAGAUGAGGCAAAGAAGCCCAGUGAGACAGAGGAGGCAAUUAAUGGAGAUCAAAGAGGCAAAGUUGUCGAACAUGGUGAUUCAGGAGAGAAAAAGGCUAGUCCUAACACUACUAAAUGUUUCCUGAGCCCGCGAUGUACGAAGGUCAUGCAAAGUCUUGGCUUAAUUGCUCCUUUAGGUUCCCCAUUUUGCAGAAAUGGAUUGAUCAGGUCCUUGCUGCCAUGACUUCCUGACAUACCAACAGAAAUUUGACUAAAAACCGUUAGCAGAUCAAAAUUAUCUCCAAUCAUAGAUCAAUCAUAUCCAAGUAUUGGGUUUUGCAUCAUAUAUGGUUGUGACUUUUGUAUUUCUGGUGUCUGGUUUUGUCCAGAUGAAUGUUUUAAGUUCCUGUGAUCCUGCAAAUUGCUGAUAAACUUUUGACUAUUAGGUCUUCUUCAAAUUUGUUUUUAUUGCAUUGGCACUUGCAAGGAACUUAAGCCAACCUUGAAUGAAUCAUUUUCUGGCUGUCAACUUAAUUAGGUAGAUUCAACUAGUCUGGUUGAUAGAGUCUGUAGAUGUUUUUAUUUCUAUUUCUGAAGAAAGUUUUCUGUUUAUGGAGUAAAGUAGCUUGGUGACUAUUUUA